CAGAGGAAAUGGCAAAGCUGCACAACCCAACAGUGGGACUACUGCUGACUGUGCUGCUGCUACUGCAAGGUACCAGAGGAGACUCUAACAUGGUGUUUUCCAGUGCUGGAGGUGCUGCCACUCUGCCAUGUCAUAGUUACCAACGUUACCAAAGCUGCUCAUCAGCUACAUGGGCCUCCAAAGGGUACAGAGGGGAUUAUGUAUUCACCUUUGGGGAGAACAGACCAGAUAACACACCCAGAGCUGUGAGUCUGCUCCCUAACUGUUCUCUCCAUAUUACUGAUGUCACCACUAAGGAUGCUGGACAGUACACCUGUCAGCCGUACCCAAAUGGAGGAUCUCAAUAUGGACUUGAAGCUCCAGUUCAUCUCUCUGUUCUCUCAGUUAACCCAGAAGUGAUUGAGAGAGAGACUGGCAGUGAUGUGAGCCUCCACUGCUCCCUGACCACCUAUGGAGACUGUGAGAGACUAGUUCAUCUUAAAAAUGUCCUGAGCUGGGUGGAUGAGGGAGGGGCUGAGCUGCAGAACACCACCAGCCUCGAGAUUAGAAGAGAAUCUACCUGUUACAUCACACUGACUGAGAAGCUUAGAGCUCCAAACCCUGUUCACACACAGAGGACACGUAAAUGCCAGCUGACUGCAGAAGGGCAGGUUCAGACUUCUGUCUCCCACACCGUCAAAGUGCUAGUGAAUCCAAGUAGACCUCCAGAACCUCCACCAGCACCAGCUCCUACCACCAUCUCCCUUAUCCAACCAACACGGCCUCCAGAUCCAUCACACUCCUCCACCAUCAAACCAACAUGGUCUCCAGGUCCUCCACACUCCUCAGCUGUAGUUAUCAGAGAGCCCAUUUACAGUGUCCCUCUGAUGGCUGGAGUUGGUGUCUCUGUUGGUCUGUUGGCUGCUGUGUUAAUGAUAAUUGUGGUGAUGCGCAAGAGAAAAUCCAAAGCCGGAGGAGAACCGAAACUCAACUCAGAUGAGGAAAGAUCUGAUCUGCACUAUGCAUCCUUUCAGCCCCUCAACCCAACCCAAGCUACUGGGACUUCUGCAAAGCAGUCUGAGGACACUGUGACCUACAGCACCAUCAUGCAGUUAUCUGGUGGUGAGGACCAGAGCAACAGACCUGUGGACCCCAACGCUGUUUAUGCCACUGUUCAUAAGAAUGACAAGAUAAAGAAUUAACACAGAUCUAUGGCAUUUGCAUAUACACACACACGCACACACACGCACAUACAAACGCAAACACACACGUACACACAUACAAAUACCCAUGCACGCACACACACGCAAACACACACACGCACACACACAUACACACACACACACACAUACAGUACACACACACGCACACACGCGCACACACAUGAACACAAGUGUCAACAUUACUCUCUAACCCAUGUAGACAUGUGUCACUGAUAAGGCUCUUACUGUAACAGAUGCCUAUCCAAUGAAAUUAGACAGGCACUGUUUUAUUCAGGAGCUAUCAAACAAUAUUAGACAGGCACUAGACUUCUGUGUAACUAUGAAGCAUGUUUCGCCAUCAGAAGAUAUAAAACAGACAUUAGACUUCUGUGUAACUGUGUAGUAUUGUUUAACCAUCAGACAAUAUUAGGCAUGUAUUAGACUUCUGUGAUAACGGUGUAUUGUUUAGCCGUCAGGCGAUAUUAGCCAGGCAUUAGAGCUUUACAGUGAUCAAGAUGAUGAGUCUGUGAGUCCGUGAGCUCUACAUUGUGAGCUGAAUUUAUAAAAACAAUUUAUGAAAUGUGCACACAAAAGAUCAUCACACAAAGAUCAAAAUAGUUUUCUGUGCUAUAACUUUCUAGUGGGCACAUAGUAAGUAAAUUGUGCAGAUGUUAAAUUACAUUGUGGACUCAAUUGACAAAAAUGUCCCCACAUUUACUAAAUUGUGUAAAAACACACACACACACACACACACACACACACCCUCUUCUACUGGGUUGCAUGAUAUGCUUUGCAGAGGUGUCUAUUUUUAGACUAUGAGAACAUCAACAGCAGAAUGGCCGUCCACAACAGGAUGAGUUGUGUGGUUUCAUUUUAAUUUCUCUAGAGAAACAUGCAGCGUCUGGUGUCAACCCUGCAGAAACCACAGACCCACAAUAGACUCACCAUAUGUUUCAUCAUAACUCAAAUGCUCACAUGAAGGCUGAUUGCUCUAGAAGGGAAAUUCUGUCAUUUUCCCACCUGAGCUGUACUGUCAGAUGUCUUAAGGUACUUUCAUUAGGGACAAUAAUGAAGGUACUUCUAACUAGUGAUGGGGACGAGACCGUCUAUGCCGAGUCCGAGAC